UGACAUGUUUCUGAAAGGCUACACAUAAAGGCUAAUGAAGAUGACCAUCCUUUUCUUGAAAAAAAUGUGCAGGUUUUAGUUUUAAAGCAAUUAAACUCAAAAGAUUUGUCUGUAAAUAUGAAAUCGUUCUUUAAGAAACAAGUCAAUCUGUAUAUUUUAUGUUAAUAUAGAUUUAUAUGUAUUCUGAUAUACUGAUUAAUUACUGGUUGUGUUGAAUCAAGUUGGUAUCGACUUUUAAUGACCAUAUAGACUUUCUCUAGGAUCACCUGUCCCCAACCUAGCUCUUUAGGUCUUCCAAGAUGACACCCAUUGCCAUUGUAAUCAAAUUAACCACCUUGCUACUAGUUGUCCCCUUUUUUUUCUUCCUACAGCAUAGGCUUCUCCAGAGAGCUAUGUCAAUGCCCAAAGUAUGAUAAAUUGAGCUAGAUCAUUUAUGUUUUAAGUGAAAAUUCUGGAUUGAUAUUUUCUAUGAUCCAUUGUUUGUUUUUUUAUUUAAUCCAUGUAAUUCUCAGAAGUCUACACAAAGUAUCAUUACUCUCUUUUCUUUCUUGCUUCUUCAAAAUUCAAAUUCACUUCCAUAGAGUAUCACAAAGAAAACCAUUGCCUGCAUUAUUUUGAUCCUUGUAGAUAUUAACAUUUUCAGCAUAUAACAAUCUCUUCCAAGACCUUCACUGCUAUGCUACCAAGUGGUAGUUUAUGGCAUAUUUCUUGACUGUUGAUUCCUAUAUGGUUGCUAGUCAAUCCUGAAAGGCAGAAGUUAUCUACUACUUCAAUAUUUUGAUUUCAAUUCUGAAGUUGGUUGUUUUCUCCUAGUUUUAGAACUCUGAGUUGGUGUUUUGGGUAAAGGUAAAAGGGACUACUUCAUUUUGUUAUGUACUCAGUCGGGUGUAAUAAGUUGGGUAAAUCGAAAGCAAUUAAAAAGAGUACUAAUAUUUGGAAUAGCAAAAGAUCAUAAUCAACAACACCUUAAUCAAUUCAUCCCCUUCAAAUGCACAUGUGAUCUGUCAGUCAAGCUAAAAGAGGGAGAUUCUCUCUCAUAACUCCCCUACAUCUAAAAUUGAUAGCAACUUCAAAGAAGUAGCAGUCAUAACAACACCAAUCAUAACCAACAGUACUCUGAACAGAAUGGGACAACUCGCCGCAGCCAACUCGCCAUGGCUAACUCUCCAUGGGCCAACUCACCACAGGAUAAUUCGACAAUUUAAUUUAAUCAUUUAAAAUAAUUUUUAAAAUAGUUUAGUUUUUGUCAUUCACAUUUCAUUUAAUCCAUCCUUUGGCACCUUUUCUUUAAUAAUUCUAUUCCAUCAUUUCUUCGAUAUUAGUGUAACUCUUGUCCCACAGCAAGUUGUCCUGCAGUGAGUUGGCCAUUGUGAGUUGUCCCAUGGCAAGUUGGCUGUGAUGAAUUGGCGACAGCAAGUUGCCCAUAGCGAGUUGGCCGUGGCAAGUUGCCCUAGACUCUGGCAGAGAAGCUCAGAUUGAACUUUUUAUUUCAAAUUAUGCUCUUCCACCACACAUCUUUCCUGUCAAUUGGGCUGCUAUUAGCUUGGGGGCACAAAUUUGUAUCUUUCCAAAUGAGUAGUAUUCAUGUGUUUAAAUCCCAUAGGACUAGUAGUCUUCUAGAAACUUAGCAGAAUCAGUUUCAAAAAUCCCUAAAGUGACAGUUACGUGCAUUGGUGAUCUGACAUUCAGGCUACUUGAAAGGUGUCUAAAGCUAUCUUGGGAACAUGCCCAGAAUCACCCAAGCAUGCUUCACCAAUGUUAAUACAGUAAAUAGCUGAACAGAGGAAUCUAUCAAGCGUGUAAAUUGUGUUUAAACUGUUACUCAUUAAAACUAUAAGUACAGCACCAGUCUUGUCCCUGAGGCAAAACAUAUUGGCUUUUGGGGUGGCACAAUUGAUGCACAGCUAUCAAAGUAAGGAUGAGAAUGCAAAUUAACAUGACAAUGAAGAACAGCCCUAAGAUGCCACAGGACUUUGGAAUUUGUUUGAACUUAUUUAUGCUUGGUUAUUUCAUUUUUUUAAUUUGUUUUUAUUUUGGAUAUUCACUGAAUUUUGCUAGCCUGAAUGCUUCUACUGAACAGGGAAACUCAAUUAGAAAUUUUAAUAACAAAAGAAAUGUAUAUGAUCUGUUCAUAAAAGCCCACCUACAAUGGUUGGUUUAUAAGCUGGGCAGAAGCACUGUAUUGGGACUGUGAAAUAAUGGAAAUAAGUCUUGUCAGUCUUGGUUGUAAUUUGCAAAUUUUAAAAAGGCCCAGAAAAAUAAAGAAGUAUUCCACAUAUACGCCCCUUCCUGCUUACUUGGAAAGCCUUUUAAGAUACUGGAUCCCUCCCAGAAAUCUGCAAAAUAACCUCUAGUUACUGGAACAUUACAGGAGAAAUUGGAACUGUUUCUUGGCCAGACAGUUUUGGUUAAUUCCAUGUUAAGAAGCUUGGCUCUAGGCAGACCAAAUCCAGUUUUGUUCCACUCUCUGAGGGCAGCAGCAGCAAAAUGCCAUUCCGAGGAAUUUGUCUUUUAGUGUGUCUUAUUUGUGUGACACAAAUAGCAGCUCAACAAAACACCAGACCCAAGAAAAAGCCAGACCCAAGAAAAGAUGCUGUAAGCCUCAGAAUGAUUGAAGAACUUAAAGAGCAACUGGAGAAUCUUUCCCAGGAGGUAACCUUACUAAAGGAAAAGCAAGCACUUCAGACAGUUUGUCUGAAAGGUACCAAGAUCAACCUAAAAUGUGUCCUGGCUUUUUCCAGUGCCAAGACCUAUCAUGAGGCCAGUGAAGACUGCAUUUCUCAGGGUGGCACCCUCAGUACACCACAGACAGGUGAUGAAAAUGAUGCUCUCUAUGACUAUGUGAGGAAGAUUCUGGGGAAUGAGGCGGAAAUUUGGCUUGGCAUCAAUGAUUUGGCAGUGGAGGGAAAAUGGGUGGACAUGACAAGCAACAGCAUUAGCUAUAAGAAUUGGGAAACAGAGAUCACCACCCAACCUGAUGGAGGGAAGCAAGAAAAUUGUGCAGCAUUGUCUGCAGUGGCUGUGGGAAAGUGGUUUGAUAAGAGAUGUAGAGAUCAGUUACUCUAUGUGUGCCAGUUCAUGAUUGUUUAAUAGAAAGAUUCGUCUCUGGGAAGGUUUAAUCAGUAUAGUCCAUUGAUCUCUGGAGUUUUGUGUGUGCAUCUGUUUGUUUGCUUAAACAUAGACAUAUGGAUAUUUACAAUGAGACAUACAUGUGUACACACAUUUAACAGAAAAAGUAAUGGCAAUGGAUUAGAAUGAAUUAGAUCUAUGUUGCACUUUAAUUGGUUAUAAGCUACAUCCUAUUUGUUAGAAGCAACAUUAUUCUUGCUUAGGUACAAAUCAUAAAUAUCUAUAUUUUUACAUUCAGAAUUUAUUACAAAGACUUCACUUUGGGGAACAUUCAGACUUUGUGCCAAAAUCUCAAUUUAUUGUUGCAUGCAAUUUUUCUGCAGUCUUUUUUUUUCUGCUAAUUGCACCAAAUUAAAGUGGCUUUUGUUAAACUGUCCCUAUCUGUUGGACUAAAUAGUUAAAUAGUUCAUCUGAAGAUUUCAGCACAGAACUCAAAAGUAAGCAGAGCUGCAUUAAUAUGUGAACAAUAAGAAAAGAAGCAACAAAGGAACUAACAAAAAUAUUUUACCUGUUUUGCUAAAAUUUCUAAGUUGCCUACCUGUAUCUCUUCUACAAUUUUCUUCUGGGCAUAUCUAGAUUAAAAACAUUAGGUACAAAUGAAGAAAAAGUAAAAUAGGAGAAGAACUGACCUACUGCUGUAAAAAAUUGUACCAAUGCUUGGAAAGGAAAAGAAAAGAUUUCAGAAGGUUGCUAUAGCACCAGUCUUCACCCAAGUAACAUGGUCAUUGAGGAGGGAAAAGGGCUCCCAUAGAAACAUUAGGGAAUCAGUCGUCAGCUUGAUUCUGACUAUGGCUCUUGAUAAUUGUAUUUCCUUAUUUAUAUGUAGGAUUUAUUUCCAUUCACAAAGGAGAACAUUUUUUCAUCUGUUGAAAAGUAUUUGACUGAGUUUCCCCAUUUAUUUGAAUAAAAAGGAUAUCUAUUGGCAAAAGUACAGUGUUUGAAAAUGCCUCUAGUAUUUUUUGGAUAAGUAUGUUGAUUUUCAAUCCAAUGGCUCAUUGGAAAGAAAUUAUGUAAGAGAGCUUGGACUUGGGCUGUCUGUCAGUGCAGUAACUUUCUGAAGAUGGAAUAGUAUGGAACCAAAUUUGGUGUGGCAGAGAAACCAUGAAAACAGAUACUAUACUUGAAAAUUGGCCAGAUUGGUCUUGGGGCUUCUAAUACAUUCCUGGAAACAAGCAGUUGGCCAGUUUUUCUCUUAUGUGAUCUAGAGCAGACACGUGCAGUUUUAAUUGGGGAAAGUUGUAAACCUAAUUUUCAAUUUUUAGAUCCCCACUUCUGUACCUUUAUGCAUUUGGGACAAAAGACUUGGAGAGAAACACUAGUAGGUUAUUAGGGACUCCAAUCAUGAGUAUACUUGUUCUGGCACUUAGGAGCCCUUCAGCUUUGCAUGGCAAGUGCACAGAUGUUUGACCUGGAGCCUUUGCACAUCACUAUGCGUACUCCUUCUCACUGUAUGUCCAUUUUCAUUAAUUCAAAUGUCCGAGUAAAUCUAUGCAGAGUUAUAUUAUAUUGCCUGUUGUAUUUUAAAAGAAAGGACUGCUGACUAUGGAAAGAGCUCACUUACGGCUGAAACUUAUGGUGGAAUGGAAUGCAAAAUUGUAUAAUGCUCUGUAUUUAGCUGGCACCACCCAUGAAAUAAAACUCUGCUGCAUGAAAACAA